AUGUCCUCCCUUAUCACCAACACCUAUUUCAAAGCCUAUUACAACGAUCCAACUCCAACAGAAAUCGGUAUCAUGAUCUCAAUAUUAGAAAUCGGUGCAUUGGGAUCUUCGUUCAUAGCCGGAAAAAUCGCCGAUAAGGCAGGUAGACGAAGAACUAUUAGAUAUGGAUCGUUUAUUUUCAUCAUUGGGGGGACUUUACAAGCUGCUUCUACCAAUAUUUGGUAUCUUAGUCUCGGGAGAUUGAUUGCUGGUGUUGCGAUUGGAUUUUUGACUACGGUUGUGCCGUGUUAUCAAUCGGAGAUUAGUCCUUCCCAUCAUAGGGGUUUUUAUGCCUGUUUGGAAUUUACGGGGCUCAUUAUUGGGUAUUCUAGUAGUAUUUGGGUUGAUUAUGCGUUUUCAUAUAUUGAAAGUGAUUGGAGUUGGAGAAGUCCCUUGAUUCUUCAAGUAGCUAUCGGGAUGUUGUUAUACUUAGGUACUUUUGUGAUUGUGGAGACUCCAAGAUGGUUAUUGGAUCAUGACCAUGAUGUUGAAGGAAUGAUCGUUAUAGCUGAUUUAUAUGCCAAUGGAGACGUCGAAGAAGAGAAUGCAAAAGAUGAAUAUCGAAACAUCAAGGAAAGUGUCCUUAUUGACCGGAUUGAAGGCGGUGAAAGAUCUUAUAAAUAUUUAUUUCAACGAUAUGCAAAAAGAUUAUCAGUAGCUUGUUUUUCACAAAUGUUUGCUCAAUUUAAUGGAAUUAAUUUAAUUUCAUAUUAUGCCCCUUUAAUAUUCGAAUCGGCCGGUUGGGUAGGUCGUGAAGCCAUCCUAAUGACAGGUAUAAAUUCCAUCAUCUAUAUCAUUAGCACAAUCCCUCCUUGGUUCUUGGUUGAUGAUUGGGGAAGAAAACCAUUAUUAUUAUCCGGAGCAAUCCUAAUGGGUCUCCCCUUGUACAUCGCCGCAUAUUCCUUAUUCUUAAACAACUCCUUCACUCCCGUCACGGUGGUUGCAUGUAUGCUGAUCACAAUGGCGGCGUUUGGAUAUAGUUGGGGACCAAUCCCUUGGUUAAUGAGUGAAGUGUUCCCUAAUAGUGUUAGAUCAAAGGGUGCAGCAGUCAGUACAGCCACGAAUUGGCUUUGUAAUUUUAUAGUUGGGUUUGGAUCACCGAUUUUAUUGGAUUUGAUAAAGUGGAAGACAUAUUUGAUACCGGCUACUUCUUGUGCUAUUUCAUUUUUUGCCGUUGGAUAUUUAUUCCCUGAAACUAAGGGGAUUAGUUUGGAAGAUAUGGGGUCGAUCUUUGAUGAUAAAUCUUCGAUUUUCUCGUAUCAUUCAAAUGGAACUCCGAGCGGAGCAUCAAAUAGAAGCAUUCGUCAUUUUGAUAGUGAGAAUGGUUCCAAUAGUGAUAUUUUACAACAAUCUCAUGCUUCACUUGUGAGAAGUGCUAGAAGUCCAACACCUCUCAUGAGACAGGAAUUGGAAGGUAAUAGUUCAAACCCACAAAUUACAACUCCGUUAUUAAAACCGGAUACAAUGGCUCCGUUAAUGGGUUCAGUAGAUGCAUCGUUGCCGAUUGAUAAUUCGGUCGUGCAAGAAAUUGAACCGCCAUCGUUUGAACAAAUCAUUAGAUUCAAAGCGAAACAAUACAGGAAACCAAAUAGAUUCACUUCAUUACUUUCUAGACAUAAGAGGUGUGAUUGUACAAGUGAAGAAUGUAGUAUUAGGAGUUAA